UCCACGCCAGGAGGAGAUACAGUAUGUAUUUCUUUUAUAAAUAAAUUAAGGACUGCUAGGAAAAUGUUUGCGUUCCUGCUUUGCAUCUCGGCUCUGCAGCAAGCGCACGCUGCCUGCGUUGUGCAAGACAUUUGCCCAGAAACCCCAGCGGUCCAGUCUGAGAUCGUUGGCGUUCACAAUGCCUUCCGCAGAGCGGUGCGGCCGACUGCCUCCGACAUGCUGUUGAUGAGCUACAGUGAGGAGGUGGCAGCCAGCGCUCAGGCCUGGGUUGACAACUGUAUUCUGGGUCACGGAGCGCCCAGCACCCGCAUGCUCAACGGAUAUGAACUGGGUGAGAAUAUGUUCUAUUCAUCUGCACCUGACUCGUGGACGGAUGUCAUCAAUGCUUGGCACGCUGAGGUGUCGCGCUACCUGUACCCCAAAGGCUCCAGCAGCGGCCACUACACACAGGUGGUGUGGAACAGCUCCUACAAAAUUGGCUGUGGGGUGGCACUGUGCCCGAACAGCAUCUAUUUAUACGCCUGCCAUUAUUACCGAGCAGGAAACUUCAGGGGAUGGCCACCUUACAAGGCCGGACCCCCGUGCGCUUCCUGUCCCAAUAACUGUGAAGACAAACUCUGCACCAACCCCUGCCCUUACAUAGACAAAUACAUCAACUGUCCGACCAUGAAAGACACGACUGGAUGCAGCAACCGCCUGGUGUCUUCGUGGUGUCCCGCUUCCUGCAAAUGCACCGAUGAGAUCAUUCCCAUCGCCUGAAGUGGAGCCAGUGGGCCUGCAGAGGGCAUCGGUUCAGACUAGUUACACCUGUGUGUGUUCUCCGUCUGUGAAGCAACAUAUAUGAGCUUAUAAUCAUAUACUCAUGGCACGUGUCUGGGGAAAUGGGGCUUAGUUCUGAUUGCCUCAAGUUUUAGUGGGAGUGUUUUUUAAAUAUGUAUCUCGAAUCAAAACCCCAUCAGAGUUGUGUGACCUGUACUUCGGGGGAUUUAUCUCACAUGAUGCUAUUAAUUGCAGAAAUGCGUAAAUGAGAGCAGGAAAUCUAUUUUUCUUGAUGACAUAAUAUGAAUCAAACAUAUUCAUUCUACAUAUCAAGCGCUGUCACUUUGUUGCGGUUGAUGAGGAUUAAAAAU